UUAGUGUGUAGUUGAAGGAGAAGAAGAAGAAGAGAAGGUGGUACCGCCUUCAAUUCUCUCUCUUCUUUCUCUCUCCUAUUCUGGUCCUCAUCAUCAUCUUAUACCUCUCCUUCCUCCUCCAUAACACUCAUUCACCACUUGGGAAAAACCCAUUAACAUCACACACACACAUAAACACAUCCUUACAUGUUUCUCUGAGACACAGUCCAAGAUCGAACCUUGUUGUGUAGGACGAACUUGGGUGUCUGUCUUUUUUCUUAUUUUUUUAUUAAUUUCUCCGAAGAGAUGCGGAAGGGAAGAGGAGGGGCGGCGUCGGUGGUCACGGCGGCGGCUGCCGCAGCCAACGGAUCCCUUUUAAAGGAGCCUCGGUACCGGGGCGUGAGAAAGAGACCGUGGGGGAGGUUCGCGGCGGAGAUCAGAGACCCGUUGAAGAAAGCCAGGGUUUGGUUGGGAACCUUCGAUUCUGCCGAGGAAGCUGCUCGAGCCUACGACGCCGCCGCACGGACUCUCCGGGGUCCCAAGGCCAAAACAAAUUUCCCUCUUUCACACCCUUUCUGCUAUCCGCACCCCACCACCAGUCCUCUCUUCUACGCGGGUUUCAACGACAACAACAACCACAUCAGCAACCUUAACAACCCUCAGAGACCCACCUCAAGUGGCAUGAGUAGCACCGUCGAGUCUUUCAGCGGGCCACGCCCUCCCACAGCCGCCGGCGCUUCCGCGACGCCGUUUUUGACCACCACGCGGAGAUACCCGCGCACUCCCCCUCUCGUCCCCGAAGACUGCCACAGCGACUGCGACUCUUCCUCCUCUGUCGUCGACGACGGUGACAACAUCGUCUCCUCGUCGUUCCGCCCUCCCCUGCCCUUUGAUCUCAACGCGCCGCCGUUCGACGAUGCCGCUGCCGAUGACGAUCUCCGCUGCACCGCGCUCUGCCUCUGAACGUGCUGUGAUGGUUUUAAAUUUCUGAUUUUUUCCACCCUUGAUUUUUUGUUAUUGUUGCGCGGAACAAAUUAUAAUGAUGAUCAGAUGUAAGAUUGUGGCAAUAUGAUCUUAGUUCUGUGAGAGGGAGAUUCCGUGAUUGGGUGUAUUUUCUCUUUCUAAAAUUUUAUUUAGGAGGAAAUAUUGAAUGAGAGAAAAAAGGUAAUUAUGAAUUAUGAUAUCUUUGUUGUUGAAAGAUUAA